AUGUCAUCCAGUCUGACUGCUACUCGUCCUCCUCUUGUGGUGUUCAUCACUCUCACCACCCUCACCGCUAUUACCUCCAGCUAUUCAAUGAUCGCUCAGCAGUCUGGCCAUUCCAGACGCCAUAGCAAGAAGCUUGGCUCCCGCUACCACCCCGGCUGCAACAUAGACCUGAUUCUCCAGUCUGAAGCCGCCCUCUCGAAGACACAGAAGACACCGACACCAAGCUUACGACCGUUUCCGUCAUUCCUCGACCAAGAUGUCCCUAAACUCAGCCUGGACACAAAUCCACACAAUUCACACGGAGGUAAAUAA